ACGCAAAUCCAUCAGAUAUUAGGCUUGAUCUGGGCGAAUUGCGUGAUACUGAUGAGCAGCGCUGGGGCGGUGAGGCGAGGCGGCGACGAGAGAGGAUGGUCUACCUAGGUAGGUAUCUACCUCUACCUACAUCCUAGACUUAAGGUACCUUAUAGGUAGUGUUAGGUGCUUACAGGCACCUCGGGUACCUUGUGCAUCUAGUACGGGUAAGCGCGCGCGAACACAUUUACCUACGCCUGUUAAAUGCGCGCCUCCAUACCCUCACUCCUCGGCCAAUCUCUACUCCUCCUCCCGCUACUAUUCCCUCAGGUGCUUAUACCCUCAGUAUACCUGACCUGACCUUACGUACCUACGGUCCUAUCACCGCACACACACUCUCAUACUAUCGCGCCCUCUCAGUAAAUCUCGGAUCGCGGACAGUGUUGUCGGUGAAAACAUGGCGUCAUCGUACGAUGGCUUUAAGCAGCUCAGUGCCGCUAUCGACAACACCCCCCUCAUCGACAACCACGCCCACCCCCUCUUAACGCGCCAGAGCGUGAGCCAGCAUCCGCUGCUGUCCGUCGCUAGCGAGGCGACCGGAUCUGCCCUCGAGGAUUCCAGAACGAGCCUCGCCCACUUCCUGGCCGUGAAGCACCUGGCCGAUGCUCUCGGCUGCGAGGAGACGUGGGAUGCCGUAGCGGCUAGUAUCGCCCAGAAGCAGCUCACGUCGGAUUCGUGGGAAGCCUGGGUGAAGCGCUGCUUAGAUGGCAUAGAAACUAUCUUACUUGACGACGGGCUUACCGUACCUAACAAGAUCGAGCAUUAUUCGUGGCACGAUGCAUUCACGAGGAGCAAGUGCAAGCGCAUUGUCAGGCUAGAGACCCUAGCAGGUGAUAUCAUUGCCCUCGAAGCUCUUCAAAAUUCAGAGAUGUCCCCUACCCAGCAUUUAGCUCGGGUUAUUCAGGAAUUGACCGGCCAGGUUACGGCGUUCCUACAUGACCCCGAGGUUGUCGCCUUCAAAUCCAUAAUCUGUUAUCGACGUGGACUAGACAUCCUAACCCCUGAACAUGUAGACCUGGCAGCGGCUGAGGACUCCCUCAAACAAAUCAUCGACGCCGGGAACCAUGAUGAACGUCCUGCAUCUAAUUUCUCCCUCAAAAAGAGGCUGGAAAACUCGCCUUUAAACGACCUGAUAGUGUUGACCGCUGCCACAGCAAUCCGCGACUUUCCCGGCCACAAGAAACCAAUACAAUUCCACACCGGCCUUGGCGAUAACGACAUAAACCUCACCAAAUCGUCACCGGCACACCUGCAGCCCUUUAUCCGAUAUUUUCCGGACAUCCCAGUCGUGCUACUUCAUGCUGGCUACCCAUGGACCAGGGAGACCGCAUAUCUAGCUGCUAUGUAUCCCAACGUCUACGCUGACAUCGGCGAGGUGUUUCUUUUUCUUAGCCAGGAGGGCCAGGAGGGCGUCCUCAAGCAGAUCCUGGAACUAUGUCCCUGGUCCAAGGUUCUCUGCAGCACCGACGGUAAUUGCUCUCCGGAGACAUAUUUAAUCGGGACGGCACAAAUCCGCUCGGUCUUGAAGGCGGUAUUAGGCAAGGCUGUCCAGUCAGGCCAGCUCGACGAGAAGCAAGCCGUACAGCUAGUCCAGGACGUCCUGUUCAAUAAUUCUAAGAAACUGUACAACCUCGAUAGUGUCAGGUCCACCCUCCCCAGUUUCGCGGAACUCGGCUCUGACCCGCUCCCUGGCUCGAGUAACCAAGAGAUUGUAUCAAAACUUCGCAGGCUGGGCGCUAAAUACCUAAGAGUGUACUGGAACGACUACACCUCGAGUGUCAAGUGUCGGGUCAUCCCUAUUAAACAUGUUUACAAGACGCUUGCGAGCGGAAAGCCUCUGACGUUGUCCGUUACAAAAUCAAGCCUCGGGCUGUUACAGAUUGACGUGAUGAUACCCCAGAUAACGGCAACCGGCGCAUAUACGCUGCAUAUUGACUGGUUGAGCUUGAAACUAGGCCCGGCCGACGGCCACGUCAGUUGCUACGCUAACUUCGCCGAAUCAGACGGCUCGGAGUCCGUUUUAUGUCCGAGGACUAUACUGAGGAAACAGGCAGACGGAGCAGCGGUACACGGCCUGACAUUCCUGUUAGGCUUCGAGAUCGAGUUCGUCGUCCUAGAGCGCAAUCCGGAUCCGACGAGCGUGGACAAGUAUUCCACGCUGCGGAACGACGGUCACGCCUGGUCGAUGGCGAGGGCGCUGGCAGACUGGGGCCGCGAGGGCAGUUUCGCCACAGCCGCCGACGAGAUACUAGAUAGUCUCGAUGCGGCCGGCAUCGCGGUCGAGCAGUUCCAUGCCGAGAGCGCGCCCGGUCAGUACGAGAUCGUAUUACCGGCUCUGCCACCGCUCGAGGCUUGCGACACGCUGCUCCACGCGCGCCAGAUCCUCGAGUCAGUCGCCGCCCGUCACGGCUUCCGGAUCACACUACACCCGAAGCCGUUUGCCGGGGCGUGCGGGACCGCCUCGCACCUGCACCUGUCGGUAUCGUCGUCGUCGUCGUCGCCCUCCUCCUCCUCUCCUGCGGUCUACGAGUCGUUCUACGCCGGCAUCCUAAGCCAUCUAGACGCAAUCUUGGCGUUCACGUACAGCAACCCGACGAGCUACGAGCGGAUGGUGGACAGCGGGUGGGCGGGAGGGCGGUGGGUUACGUGGGGCACCCAGAACAAGGAGGCGCCGCUGCGCAAGGUGGAGGGCGCGCACUGGGAAUUCAAGACGAUAGACGGCCUCGCGAACCCGUACCUCGCCGCCGCCGCGAUACUCGCGGCGGGCACGGCGGGCAUCCUAGGGAGCGUGCAGCUCACGUGGGGCGACUGCGCCGACGACCCCGCACUCCUCUCGGACCAAGAGCGUGCGGCGUUGGGCAUCACGACCCAGCUGCCCGAGGACCUGCGCGCGGCUCUCGCGGCGCUCGAGCGCGACGCGCCGCGCCUCGGCUUCGACGCCGCCUUCGUGCGCCGGUACGUCGAUGUCAAGGAAGCCGAGCUCCGGCUCCUCGAACCCAUGGGGGCCGAGGAACGGCGGCGGUGGGUGCUGGAGAGGUAUUGAGAUGGGCGUUUGGGGACGGAGGCUCGAUUCCAUCCUGAUUGGGGUGUUGGGGGGGGAGAGUUGCAGAUAGAUGUUGUUAGGUUUUGAGAAGAGGCCGUCGUGGAAAGCGAGAACGAACCGACCGAGGUUAGGUUUAGAAUACCGAGAAGAGUUGGCUACGUUGGUUCUCUUGGAUGAGGAGUAGAGCGGGGGAAUGGAUGGAAGCACGAGCACGUUUGUAUGUGAGUGCGACAUCUAAGCGGGUAGAAAGAAAGAAAGAAAGGCUUGGGAUGUCUCUCGAGGUAGCGUUAUAUUAUGUUGCUGUCUGGGAUCCUCGGGCGCUCUCCCGUGUCAGGUCUCGGUAGGCAACCCCCGCGUACAUCCGAGCGAGCGUGCCUCGCGUUCUCGGAAACGACU